AUGUCUGUGCGAUGCCCAAAGCAAAAGAUGAAGGCACAUGCCCUUUUUGAGAGUCCUGCUCCAGUGACUGUUGUCAUGUCAUCUCUACGCUCCUCAAUCCCCAAGAAAUUUGAAGCACUUCCUCUGAAUCAUUUUGAAGUGUUCAGCCCUAACAAAGCACCCACUCACUUCAAUGGACGAGUCACAAAUUCAGAAUCCCCCUCUACAGUGAACAUGCCAAGUACUGGAUUGCCCCUCAAAACAUCGAACCUGCCCUCCCACCAGCGCUCUCUGUAUUUCUUCUUGGGACUUGGGGCCUCAUCAACAAAGCCAAGAUGUCUACUGAGUAAGUUGAAAAAGAAGAGGGCUAUCACUGCCCGCCGGCAGCAUCUCAAGAGUGUUAUGCUCCAGAUUGCUGCUACUGAGCUUGAAAGAGAAGCUACAGCUAGGGAACAAGAAAAAGCCAAUUACCUUGCAGAACACUGUCCACCUCUGCACCUCCCAAAUUCCAUGCAAGAACUGCAGGAACUGUGCAAAAAGCUUCAUAGUAAGGUAGAGCAGGUCGAUGAAGAAAGAUACGACACAGAAGUUAAAUUACAGAAAACUACCAAGGAGCUUGAAGAUUUGAGCCAGAAACUGUUUGACCUGAGGGGCAAGUUCAAGAGGCCACCCCUGCGUAGAGUCCGCAUGUCUGCUGACGCUAUGCUGAGGGCCCUUCUGGGUUCCAAACACAAAGUCUGCAUGGAUCUUAGAGCUAACCUGAAGCAAGUCAAGAAGGAAGACACUGAAAAGGAGAAAGACCUGCGUGAUGUGGGUGACUGGAGGAAAAACAUUGAGGAGAAGUCUGGAAUGGAGGGCAGGAAGAAGAUGUUUGAAGGUGGCGAGUAAUAAGAUCUGCUCAGCUCUAUAGUCCAGUCUUAAUGCCUAUCCAAAUCUUCUGCAAACUUUUACAGCGCUGUUUUUGGGAUGACUUUCCUCAUGCCACAGUUGUAUUCAUAGAGCUACUCACCAUACAAAACCUACCUGCUGUCUGACCCCUUUUUACUUCUGGGUACUAAGCCAUGACAUCCUUAAAUACAUUUUGCAACAGUGGUAAUUGUAUGAGCUUCAACUAUUCAGUCUUCAUUAACUCCUGUCAUUCGGUAGGAUCAGGUGUUACAGCGUGAACUAAAACUGAUGUAAAUAAAGCUUUGAAAGUA